AUGUGCUGCGACUGUUGCAGUGUUCGGCAACAAAAGUUCUGGGUCUUUGGCCUGGGCAGCUUUUUGCUGGUGCUGGGAACUGUUUUACUUUCGGCCUGGCCCAGUUUAUGUCGUCAACUGAUGCGCAGCCUGUUGCCCCUGGCUCCGAACUCGUUCGUAUACAAAGCCUGGGUGACGACUCCUACACCAGCGUAUACAACAUUCUAUCUCUUCAAUUGGACCAAUCCGGAGGACUUGAAUAAUGCCGAGGUGAAGCCAAAUUUCGAACAAUUGGGCCCCUACACGUUCAGCGACUACAAGGAGAAAGUGGACCUGUUAUGGCAACAGCCGGAGGUUACCUACUACGGACGUCGAGUCUGGCACUUUUUGCCAGAAAAAUCAAAUGGCAGUCUAGACGAUGUCAUUGUGACGCCGCACUUUCCAACACUGACGGCCGCCCGCUAUGUGCGCAAACGUCGUCGCACGCUGCGAAAGAUUAUGAACUUUGCGCUGAAUCGGGAGGGCGGCGGCACCUACAUGAGCCAUAAGGCUGGACAGUGGCUAUUCGAUGGCUUUUAUGACGAGCUCAUUGACUUCGUGGAGCGUCUGCAUACGCCGCUUAUGCCCGUAUUUAGCGACCAUUUCGGUUGGUUCUACAGACGCAACAAUUCGAAGACGGCCGAGGGAAAUUUCACAAUACACACGGGCCGAGGCGAUCUCAGUUGGAUGGGCGAGCUCCAGCUGUGGAAUGGCAGCGCCCACACGGGCUACUAUGGGGGCGAGUGCGGCAAGGUCAAUGGCAGUACGGGCGAGCUGUGGACGCCGGGUAGGCAGUGGCACGAGACAAUUUCCAUAUUUUUGCCAGAUGCAGCGAGAUACAUAAAUCUGUACAGCAUGGCGAAUGUCACAGUGCAGGGCAUCGCAGCCUGGCGCUACGAAACCAGCCAGCUGACCUUCGACAACGGCCAACUGGCGCCGGAUACGAAAUGUUUUUGUGUUGCCAAACAUGAAUGUCCGCUGAAUGGUGUGCUAGAUUUCUCACCAGUCGCCAUGCACGGACCCAUUUACGUAUCGCAUCCGCACUUCCACAUGACCGAUGAGUUCUAUAGGCGAAAUACGACGGGCCUACAGCCAAAUCCCGCUGAACAUGGCAUGUAUGUGGUAAUGGAGCCGACACUGGGCAUACCGCUAAGCCUGAAGGGACAAGUUAUGAUCAGUGCGCUGGUGCAGCGCGAUGAGGCCAUCGACUUGCUCAAGAAUAUUGCCUAUGAUCACUAUGCGCCGCUUUUCGUAAUUCAACUUUAUGCUGACUUGAGUGAUGAUCUGAUCAGUCUGCUGAAGCUGGCAUUAAGUGUGCCGCAGAUAGGUCAAUUCACAGGUCUCGCUCUGCUGAUCAUUGGCAUCGUCAUGCUAAUCGUAGGCAUCGUUGUGACUAAGCAACAUAAGUGGCACAAUGAGUGCCAAAUCGAAGUCAAUGACCCGGUGCAAGCACUCGAAACAGACGGAGUCAAUGACAGCUGUUAUCGAUAA